GAGAGAGACCGGCUGAUGGAAGAAAAAUACUGACACGUGUGUGAAAGAACAGCAGGUGGAUUGGACAGGAACCUGGACUACAGACAAACGUCUUUUUGAAUUGCAUUUUAUUUGAAGGAAGUUUUUAUUUGAGAGGAAGCUAACCACAACCCAUGCAGGAGGACAAAAAGGAUGGGAUGUGUAUUCCUGCUGUCUUUUGCUGUGGGCCAUGAAGUGGGUCAACACCUGAGAAGGAGCUGAAAGGAGCAGCCGAGACUGAGGCAGUUUUGUCCUUGCUGAAAGAGCACAAGAGGGGGAGAGACAGGCGGAGCUGGCUGGAGACACAAGACAGAGAGAAUGCAGAAUUAUUAUAAAGAAAACAGGCACAGUUGAUUCUUCCAUCUUGUUGCUUGUGUGCCUCAUAAUUUACAAUGUGUAUGAUCUAAGUAUAAUCUUUGACUGUUGAAGAAUACCAUUUUACUCCCUGGCAAACAAACUUUCUCUCAACUGUAAACUGGUUUUACAGGUUACAUGUGGACCAAUUCUAGCCUGGAGACAGCUUUCACUGGAAGGAGAAACUGUGGAAUAAGAUUGCAGUUUUGGGGGGGGGGUUCGUAGUUUUUGUUUGUUUUUUGGAUGAAACUCCUGAACAUAAUAGCAUUUUAGGAUCCAUUUUCUUUCCUAUGACUCAGCCUUUAUUCAAGCAUAAAGAUAACCCCAGCAUCUCUUGGCCUCAAAGUCCAAGCAUUCCAAGUGAUCUACAGUACAUUUCCUCCAUUCUCUCACAUUCACAUCCACAGAAAAAGACUCUACUCUGCCUCCACCAUGCAGACCCCAGGACCUGAACAUGAUGACUCUUUUGAUUUCCUGUUUAAGAUCAUCCUGAUCGGAGACUCUAACGUAGGGAAGACCUGCGUGGUUCAGAAUUUCAAGUCUGGGAUUUUCUCAGAGAAACAGCAGAACACCAUCGGAGUGGAUUUCAGUGUACGAACCGUGGACAUAGAGGGGAAGAAAGUUAAGAUGCAGGUGUGGGACACGGCAGGUCAGGAGAGGUUUCGUACGAUCACCCAGAGCUACUAUCGCAGCGCUCACGGCGCCAUCAUUGCCUAUGACAUCACACGACGUCCCACCUUUGACUCAGUGGCUCACUGGAUCAAGGAGGUGGAGCUCUACGGAGCGACUAAUGUAGUGCUGGUUCUCAUAGGUAACAAAUGUGACCUGGAGCAGGAACGUCAGGUUCCGUUUGAGGAAGCCUGCAACCAGGCAAAGGAGGCAGGCAUACUAGCUGCUCUAGAAACAUCUGCAAAGGAGAGCCAGAACGUGGAAGAAGCCUUCAUGAUGAUGGCCAGGGAGCUGCUGGCUCGCAACGGCCUUAACGUCCAACAGGGAGACUUGGAGAGCAACAACACACCUCGAGCUCUCCUCCGGGCUAACUCUCGGCCGGUUGAUGGCAUCGCAAGUGCCUACACGCCACCAGAGAAGAAGACAUGCUGCUGAUUUAAACGUGGAUGGGACAGGGGAGAUUAGAGGUGACUGAUGUUGGAGUUGACGGUGGAUGAGGAAGAAGGUGAAAGGCACUUUUCAUCAUGAAUGUUGGAGAAGAGGAUCCAAAGAUGCAUGGAUGUGGAAAAUGGCUGGCAAGACCUUAAGGACCACAAGUCUUUGCAUUGAGGAAAUUUUAGUAUUGAAAAACUUAAUUUAGUGUACUUUUCUGUGCCUUACCUGUGACAGUUGUUCAGCUGGUGCUACAAGGACUAGAACAUCAAACCAGGCAUGUUUAAUAAUGGAAUAAGAGACAGUGAUGAUGGCUGUGAUCAGUGUUGGGUAAAGUUACAGUAAGCCAAUCUGAUAUCAACUAUAGCUGGACUUUUCUUCCUGAUUUGAUGUAAUAUUAUUGGCACCAAAUGCUGUAGUAAAUACGGUCACUAUUCUAGUUUUUGUUUUUUUAAAUCUGAGUUUAAAAACUAAAGCAUCAAUGCAGUGAUUUGUUACCACAAAAUUUAAGCAUUACAAGCAUUCUCAACAGGCCUCAGCGUUGUCCUUGACAUCUUUGUGCUGUAUUUUGUCAAAAUGCUGUCUUUAUGCUUCACUCUGCCGAUCAAACUUUUGAAAAGCUGGAAAGACUACUUUAGUAUUUCACCCAAGUGACCUCUUGCGGUGCCUCUAUGACGAGCUGUGAUCCUCCGCUGAUGAAAAUGUUCUGGAGAACCUGCCGCAAGCCAGAAGACUGUGAAUUUAUAUUUGACUUUCUCUUUUCACAUACAUAAUGAUGCCUUGCAUUGUCAUACACGUCUCUAAAAGGCUGUGAAUGUGUUCUAAUUUUAUUCUUUCAACUUCUGUGAUUAAUUGACACAAUAAAGCAGGACAAUGUUUGACUUUCGGAGCAAAACAAGGGUUUAGUGGAGGCUGAUGUAUACUAAUGGGUGAAAAAUCGAGGGAAAAUCACCAUAAAGUGUCUAAAAUUGUUGGGCCUUCAAAGCAUCAAUGUGAACACUAGAGGGCACUGUGCUGUUACACAUAAUCUACAACUGCAGGUUGGUUGCUCAUUGCCGUAGACAAUGAAUACCAAGGUGAUUUAAAACAUCUGUGAGUGCACUAAGAAACAAUUAGCUACGUUUACUUGCACCCCUGUAAAAAGGAAAAAUGUCAAAUCACCUUUAAAGCUGAACUUUGCCAAGAUGACUUCCUGCCAACACAACAGUCAAACUAAAGUAAUUGAGCUGACAAGGCUUACAUCCAGGAUGUAAUCUCUCUGUGUGUCCAAUGCCAAGUUGGCAGGCCUUGUUUAAACACCAACCUGGAAGUCAUGUAGCUGGACUUGACUGUUACUUUCUUACACUGAUACAGUUAAUCUGCCUUAAUGUUUGUUGGUUUAGUUAUGAGUGGAGAAAUCAUGGGAACAAUCCAGGUGUAGAGUUGUCCUUUUAUUUAAAAUGAAAAUCCUGCUGACAAGCAAUAAAUGAUCCAUCUAUGACUAUAAAAAUCAUUUUAUUCAUUUGUAUUUACUUACUUGAUUUGAGCAACAAAAAGUUAAGCUAAAUUAAAUAAUCUGGUCUGUUUUAGUCCUUCCU